AUGACAAUUAAGUUACAAUCAUCUACAUCAAUCCAACUUAUUAGUGAUAUUUAUGUAUCUGCUGUCUAUUCUCCACCUCAAAUUCAGUUUAGAUCCAGUCUCUGUGAAUUCAUUGUUAAUACUAUCGAUGAGUUACGAACAUGCUAUAAUAAUGCUGAGCAUAUUAUACUUGGUGAUUUCAAUGAUAUGGACACUCAACCCUUUACAGACCAAUGUCAAUUGACGCAAAUAGUGACAACUCCAACUAGAAGUAAUUCUAUUUUGGACAAAAUAUUUACAAGUAUUCCUGAUAAAUAUGACACACCCAAAAUAUGUGCCUCAAUCGCAAAUUGUGACCACCAUCUUGUUUAUGCCAAACCAUUAAAUCAACAUCAACCUCCUUUACCAAAAAGGUUGGUCUACCGACCUCCUCGUGACUCCUCUAUUAGAUCUUUUGGACAAUGGAUCACCCAAGAGGAUUGGUCUCUAAUUUAUUCUGAACCAGAUGCAGAGAACAAGCUUUUGUUAUUUCAAGAAUCAUUAAUUUCGCAUUAUAAACAACACUUCACUGAAGUUACAAUUAUUCAAAAACCUAAAGAUAAACCAUGUAUCAACAGCACCAUUAGAAGAUUAAUAGAGCAGCGUGAGGCUGAAUUUAAAGUUAAUGGUAAAUCAUAUGCUUUUAAGGAAAUUCGAAAUAAGAUUCAAAAAGAAAUCUGUACGGCCAAAAAACAAAUGUAUAGAAGAAAGAUAAAAAAUCUUAGACGAACUGAACCAGGAAAAUGGCAUCAACAGGUUAGAUUGCUAACCGGAGUAAAAAAAAAAAAACCUCCAUUGUUACAUCAAAUGAAUAAAGAACCAAGUAUUCUCGCUGAAGAAUUAAAUUUACACUUUGCAAAAAUUUGCUCGCAAUUACCAGCCCUGGAUAUCACAAAGUUACCUACAUAUUUACCUGUGUUACCGCCACCAACCAUCACCAGAAACGAGGUGUACACUCAACUUCGUCGUCUCAAUACAUCUAAAGCUGGCCACCCGAGUGACCUUCCUAUAAGACUCAUUAAAGAAUUUGCAUUUGAGAUAGCAGAGCCGCUGACUAUUAUCUUCAACUCCUGUCUAAUUCAGGGAACUUUUCCGAAUUUGUGGAAAAUAGCAUCCAUGACCCCUGUCCCCAAAGUAAAGCGAGCAAAAGAUUUUGCAAGUUUUAGACCUAUCUCUAUAACUCCAAUUUUAGCUCGCAUCUUUGAAGGUUUCUUAGCAGAAUGGGUAAUGGACGAUAUGAAACACAAUAUUGAUACUCAGCAGUUUGGUACAUCAAAGGCAGUUCUGUUAAUCACUAUCUAA